AACUAUGGUGGCGACUCUCAUUCUUCUCUCUGAUAGAAGUCUGUGGCAGUCUGUAGUCUGUGUGGUGCGAACUGUCCGGUUGACCGGCUGACGAGAUCAGGUGCGCGCGCUUCGCCCUCUCGACGAGUCAUGCCGGCCGCGAGGAUCUAAAUCACGGUCAACCAAAUUUCCCUUCCACGGCGUUAAACAUGAGUAACGUCGUUCUUUCCUGCAUUUAUCGCGGAGCAGCAACGAUCCACAACAACAACACGGGUGUGUCGUCUAGUAACGUAUCGCCCCGAUACGGUGCGAUCAAGUGUGUCAAUCGCUUCGCCGAGGGUCAAGUAUGUCGGCGCUCUCGUGGGCGCUAAGCACGCAGGUCAACGUGCACGCACGUCGACCAACCGCCAGGAGAAUGUCGGCCACCGCGGCGAAUUCCCAGGACAAGAUCGCCGCCUGUAACGGCGGGGACGAUGUUGUGCCGGUGAUGACGCACCCCACCACCAGAGGUGGACUCAGGGUCUACAAAAUCGUGGUGCUGGGCGACGGUGGUGUCGGCAAAUCAGCUGUUACUCUGCAGUUUGUCAGCCAUAGGUUCCUCAACUAUCACGAUCCCACUAUAGAGGACUCGUAUCAGAAGCAAGCGGUUAUCGAUGGUGAGGCGGCUCUCCUGGAUAUCCUGGACACAGCUGGACAGGUUCGAGAUUCUUAUGUGGAAUUUACGGCGAUGCGCGAGCAAUAUAUGAGAUGCGGCGAAGGUUUCAUGAUAUGUUACUCGGUGACAGAUAGGCACAGCUUCCAAGAGACGAUGGAGUAUAGGAAACUGAUAUCACGCGUGCGCGCCAACGAGGACAUUCCUCUAGUACUAGUCGGCAAUAAGUGUGAUCUCCAACAGCAGCGAAAGGUGACCACGGAGGAGGGCAAGGCACUAGCGGAGGAACUUGGCUGUCCGUUUUACGAGACAUCCGCCGCUCUCCGACAAUUCGUAGACGAUGCAUUCUUCUCCCUGGUCAGGCAAAUACGCGCUAAAGAGAGAUCCCGCAACUCACAUCGCAAGCGCAGCCGUUGGUGGCGAAUCCGUUCGAUAUUCGCUUUUAUCUUUCGACGAAAGCAGAGGCAUGCUUUGCACUAUUCACCCUAAGAAAAAAAAACUGCGAAGUUUCGAUAACGAGAUCUUCUAGUAGUGAGACUAUUGAACCAAUAGAGGAUACCAAUAGCAAUGACGAGAAUAAUAUCGUAGCACAGAUCACACAACGAAGUAGAUAUUACCGAUAAUAUUUUUGUUUUAUACGCUAUAUAAUUUCCCUCGUUUAGAGACUGAUGAUUCGUUAACAUCUCACUGCCUUAUUGUUGACCCCCGCGGGUGCAUGUACUCCGAAUAUAGUAAAUUAAAAUUGUAAACAGAACAGAGAGAGACUGGAAUAAUGCAUAUUGUAUUUAUGUUAGAUCUGAGAUCUCGGAUUAAUCGAUCAUUCGCGCAUGCUGCUCAACACAGAGAAACAAAACACGAUACACAUAUACACACACAUAUUAUAUAUAUAUAUA